UAUAUAUACACCUGGUGUAUAAUAUAAGUAAUAUAUGGAGGACUUCCCACUAUCCGUGCGUCACAAGUACAAAACUAAAUCAAUCAACGAACACUGAGCCUAACGUACGCAUUUUGAAACCGUUCGUUAUUUUACUGCAACAUUUAAGACGAGAACCCUCGAGAUGUGAAUGAUGGCAGACCAAAAAUUAAAAGAAAGUCCAACUCAUGAAAUAACAACCUAUAUAAACAUUGAAAAUGCUAAAAUUGGUGCAUUCUUUCUUAUUAUUGGAUUUACUAUCUAUCAUGGAUCUAUCAACAUAAGAUACGGAAGUGAUUCAUGUAAGUGGUUGCUAAGUGAUGGAAGGUUCCAGGGAUAUAAUGCAUGGCAACCAUAUGGGUGCAUGAUGCACAAAUAUACAAAAAGCAAUUCAAGAGACUGCAUGCACUAUAUAUCUUACUGGGGUGGCAAAAACCACUUUGUGUUCCUUGGGGACUCGCGGAUACGUCAACUCUACACAAAGUUUGUCAGUGAGCUCAGUCAGGAUGAAGAGAAAGAGGUGGAAGACCCAGAGCAUCCUGUACAUCGUGACAUGCAUUUUGAGGACAAUGCUAUCAAUUUAAAAGUGGAUUUCCUAUGGCAGCCUAUGGUCAACAAAUCUAUGUAUGAAAUAUACCAGGAAUGGGGAAGGGUAGAAUCAAGGAAACGUCCAAAUGUUGUCGUCACAGGCAGUGCAACGUGGAGUAUCAAGCAAAAUAAUGGAAGUAAGACAGCUUUAGAAAACUUCAAAAUGAACAUGACAUUCCUGCACAGGUUAUUUCCAAAACUGGGCAACAAAACCAACAUUUACUGGAUGUUACAAGAUCCUGUGAUAGAAAGUAAGCUAAGUAGCAAUAGGUCAAUGCUCACCAACAGACAGAUAGAUGAGUAUAACAGGGCCACCCUACAUACACUCAGGGAUACCAACAGUAAAGCAACACUCUGGAGUUCCUCUCGAUUAGUAGCCCAGGGCUACAACAGAGAUUCAGUUGAUGGGCUUCAUCUUGGACCUGUGGCACUUAAUAUAGAUUUUCAAAUGCUGGUGAACAGGUACUGCAACGACCAUAUGAACUAUAAUGAUGGAACAUGCUGUAGAAGUAUGGAACCAAUCACUGUCGUUCAACUUAUUACUGCUAGUGUAUUUGGCUUGAGCAUCCUGAUAUCUGCAGUGCUUGUGAUUUAUCAGCGUAAAUAUAAUCGUAGAAGUGGUGCUAAGGCUCGGGCAGGUGUUGAAGGUCCUGAUGCCACUAUGAUAGAGAAUGGUAAACGUAAGGUUCUAGAAGCUCCAACGAUGAAAGAGAGCAAGUCCGAGUUGUUUAAUAACUUCUACACCAUCAGCACUUCUAUAGCGAAGCUUGGAAUCAUAAUGGCAUACAUAUUCAUAUGUGACAGGACCAAUUUUUUCAUGAAAGAGAACAAGUAUUACACCCAUGUCAACUUCUUCUUGCCAUUUUCCUACUUCAUGAUCCUUGGAUUCUUCUUCACUGAUGACACUGACCAGACAAGUAUAUUACACAGAGACCAGACUGAUGAGUGGAAGGGGUGGAUGCAGCUAGUGAUCCUUAUAUACCAUAUAACAGGGGCUAGUGGGCAAAUCCCCAUCUACAUGCAGGUUAGAGUUCUUGUGUCCUCUUACCUGUUUAUGACAGGAUAUGGCCAUUUUAUUUAUUUCUGGAAGAAAGGGGACUAUGGAUUUGUUCGUUUUUGCUCAGUGAUGUUCAGGAUGAACCUGCUAGUGAUAGUUCUCUGCUUUGUCAUGAACCGACCCUAUCAGUUCUACUACUUUGUUCCCCUCGUUUCAUUCUGGUUCAUGGUGGUCUAUGUUGUUAUGGCGAUAUGGCCUCAUGUCACAGAAAAAUCAACAUUAGAAUAUAAACGGCACUACUUCUACAUGGUGGCAAAAUUUCUAAUUGUGGUCACAGCCAUGUCACUGCUGUAUGCUUCAGAGCUUGUAUUUGAGAAGAUAUUCCUUGUACACCCUAUAAAGUCAUUAUUUGUUUCCUCUGAUGACUCCAUACACGAGUGGCAUUUUCGUUGGUGGCUUGACAGAUAUAGUGUUACAUAUGGUAUGGGCUUUGCUUUUGCCAUAAUCCUUUUAAAAAGAUUCAAGUUUAUAGAUGACAGUCACAGAGACAGUUUGUUUUCCCCAGCUGUAUCAUGGUCACUAGCAGGUCUCUCAGUUUUAGGACUAGGGGGUUAUGCAGUGUUUACAAGUCUAUGUAGAUCAAAACAGGAAUGCAACAAUGUCCAUGCAUAUAUAUCAUUAAUACCAAUUAUCUCAUUUGUGUUGCUAAGAAACAUCCCAGGGUGGCUCAGGACUAGAUACAGUUCAUUCUUUGCAUGGUUUGGAAAAAUAUCUCUUGAGUUGUUUAUAUCGCAAUAUCAUGUAUGGCUAGCUGCAGACACUCACGGUGUGCUUGUGCUUAUUCCAAGCUACCCAGUACUAAACAUUUGUGUGACAUCAUUCAUAUUCGUGUGUGUUGCUCACGAAAUCUCAAAACUGACAGGGGUACUGGCUAAAUAUGCCGUUCCUAAAGACUGGAAAUCACUGUUAAGGAACUUGAUUAUUUUCCUGGCGAUUCUGUCACCAAUAGCUGCAACACAUGGAGUAUUAGGAUUUUAGUGGAUUAUUAAAGUGGGACAUGUGGCUUUAUUAAGGAUUAUAUUGUAUAUUUCUACACCACCGUUGAUUAAAGGCUAUUUAUUUACACAGUUCGUGGAUCAAGGAUGGUAAUCCCUGAGUUCAUGAAUAUAGGAGGAUUUACUCCCAUGGUUCAUAAUUCAAGGAAUUUUUUUAUGGAACAAAGAAGAUUUCAUAGAAAGAUAUUGUAUAGUAAUAUAAUUGAUGGAAGCGACUGUGAUAUAGAGAAGUACAGUGAAGUGUUUAUUGGUGAUAUCAUGAUAAGUUUAAUAUUACAAUGCAAUACUAUUAUAUGGAAUUCAUCAGGAUCUGAGCUCAAUAUCUUAUUCCAUAAUUUAGACAUUUGAUUGGUACAUUAUUAUUCAAAAUAUAUCAAAAGCUGUACAUGUAAAAAAAUUAAUUUGAUUGAGGUAUAUCUGUUAAAUCAGAAUCUCAGACUCGAACAUUCAAUGACAUGUUUGAUAAUUAUGGGCUGUGUAUAUUGAAAAAUUCAGUUUAGGGAACUAUUUUGAGUAUUAAUUGCAUUUCUAUAAUUUAUAUAGAGUUUAUGUUAUAUUUUAAGCCCUAUAAAUCACCCUAUGUGUACAGAGCAAUGCACUACAGUAUUUAAUUUACUUUUUUUGAAUAGGUGGCACCAAGCCCAAGGAACAUACAUGUAUAACAAAUAAAGGGUGUAGUACUACGUAGUCA